AUGCCGGGAUCAAUGUGGUACACGCUUGGGAUUUCGUCCUUUGCGGCGAUUGGCACAUUUGUGUUUGGCUUUGACACUGGGAUUGCUACGACAACAAUCGCACACCAAAGCUGGAUCGACUAUAUGAACAGCCCGUCGAAGGGAUUGACCGGUGCUGUUGUUUCUGUAUACAUCGCCGGUGAGGCAGGCGGAGCUCUGACGCAGACCUUCAUCGGCGACGCACUCGGUCGAAUCCGCUUCUUGCAGUUGAUGUCCGUGAUCGUCACUAUCGGCACCGUUAUCCAGACUGCUUCCCAAAACAUUGGCAUGUUCCUGGCUGGUCGUGUGCUGGCUGGAUAUGCUGUGGGAGGGAUGGUUGCAACGGUUCCGAUAUACCUGUCUGAAAUCGCUGCUCCCAACGUCCGUGGCCUCAUCGGAGGUAUCUCAGGAUGUGGCAUCUCCCUUGGCACGAUGGCCUCCAACUGGGUCGGAUUUGCAUGCAGCUAUGCUCCAUACGGCCCCGUUCAAUGGCGGCUCCCGCUGGGAAUUCAGAUCCCUUUCGGUAUUCUAUUGUUCAUCGGUCUCUCCACCUUCAUGCCCAAUUCGCCUCGUCAACUGAUCCGGAGUGGCAAGAUCGAGGAAGCACGUCGCGAAUUUAUGAGGAUCAGGAAAGAUCUCACGAACCACGAGGUGCAUGAGGAAUUCGUCCUCAUGCGGCGCCAGAUUGAGUUUGAACAACAGAGAGAGAUCAAGAGUUUGCGCGAAGUGUUUAAGUUGUUCCGGCACAGAGCAUUCACAUCAAUCGCAGUGCAGACCAUGACUAGCCUUACUGGGGUCAACGUCAUUCAGUACUAUCAAACAAUCCUAUUCAAAUCUCUCGGAAUCAACAGCCACAUGAUCCUGGCACUGGCAUCUAUAUAUGGCACACUUGCGUUCAGCUCAAAUGUGCUGACCACGGUCUUUAUGAACGACCAAUGGGGCCGACGAAAGAUGAUCCUCGCCGGGCUUUCGGGCAUUGUAUUGAUCGAGAUAUACGCCGCCGUCAUGCAGCGCGAAUUCCAGAAUACAGACAACAAGGUCGGCAAGGGUUUCGCUGUGCUGGGUAUCUACUUGUUUGUGGUGACAUAUUACGGCUUCUUAAACAGUGUCACCUGGCUUUACGGAUCUGAGGUACUUCCUGUUGCUCUACGGUCGAAGGUGAUGGGUCUAGCGGCGGCAUCGCAUUUUAUCGUCAACGUGGGAAUCACCGAGGCCGGACCAUCGGCAUUCGCAACUAUCAAAGAAAACUACUACUACGUCUUUGUCGGGUGCUCGUUUUUCUUCCUGAUCGUGGCAUACUUUUACUUCCCAGAAACGAAGAAGAAGACUCUCGAAGAGAUUGCUGCCGCAUUCGGUGACAAGGUCGUCUUGCUGACCGAGAACGAUCUCGCGAUUGAGAAUGCGGUUUUGGAGGACAAGGGUGGUGCCGUGCAGGUCGAGAGCACCUCGGCAGCGCCGUCCAAGGUCUAA